AUGUUUUCCUCUCCCAAUUUGGGGGUCCUUGCUGCAGCUUUUCAUCCAAAUGGACUCAAUAAUUCCUCCGCUAAUACCUCCUCAAAUACUGUAGUCUCUCCUCCAAAUAGUAACAAUUCGAAUUCCUCCAUCACCAACAGCCGGUUUCCACAAUCCAACAACCCCGAUGGGAAUAAUUACAGAAAUGGAUUUUGUAUUCGACAAUCUGCUUUUUCCUCCCCUGAAAAAGGCAUCUUAUCUCCACGACAAAAUUCCUAUGUCGGUGUUACUGCCAUAGAACUUUUAAUCUCAUCGAAGAAGAAACCCAUGGCUUGUGGAUUUUAA